AUGAAUGCCGGAAAACUCCUUAUAUUACUUCUUUUCAUAAUGUUGGUUAUGUGGUAUACUGCAAUCUGGUCUUUAGUUCUUAAAGUGCGAGGAGACACUGAUAUUGCUGAUUUCACCGUGGAAACCAUUCAACAUAACGACAAUUGUCUACAAAAAUCGAAAACAGAUGAUAGACUUCUGGUUCAUUACGUUAUGAAAGUCUACGGAACCGACAGCGUCAUUGAGUCAAGGACGAGUGAGGACUCUCCAUUUAUCGUUCACCUUGGCCAAUUUGUUGACAUUCCAACCCUGGAACGAGCUUUGUAUGACAUGUGUGAACAGGAGUCAAGGUCGUUGAUAGUUCCCCCGUCACUAGGAUACGGACUUAAAGAUAGUCACACCAAAUAUGGUAACUUGGUACCCGGGAACUCUACAUUACAGUUUGUGGUCACCUUGGUAAAAAUAUUUACUAGAGAAGAAACUGACCCCAAACAAGACACAACCGACCAGGUAAAGUUAUCAGAAGACAAUUUAGAGAAUAAAGACAGAGAAACAACAGAAAGCAAUGGCCGGGAGACGGAUCUUAAACAAGGAACAGCUCAGAAUGAGGCAGAUGCUACAAAACAAAAAGACAAACAAAUUGUUGGAAAUGUGAUACAUGAUGCCGUGAAAGCGGUUUUCACAAGUAAAAGCGGAGAAGGACUUGCCGGAAUGGCCAAACAGAUGUUAAGUGGAGUGAUGGGCGGCGGCGGCGGCGGUGGCGGUGGAGGGGGAGGGGGCAACGGUAUGGCAGCGAUGAUGGGUCAACUAGCGGGGGCCAUGGGCGGAGGCCAAGGGAUGGAAGGACUAAUGGGCAAGCUAGCUGGAGGUAUGGGUAAUGUUGGGGAAGGAGGAAUGGAUAGUAUACUAGGUAAACUCAGUGAUAUGAUGGGACAGGACGCAGACGGCAAAGAUGGCCUAGCGGCCAUGAUGAAACAGCUCGGAGGAGAAGGCGGUGGGUUAGCUGGUUUGAUGGGACAACUAGGCGGAUCAGGAUCGGGCGGGCUGUCAAUAAAUGGUAUCAACGACGCACUGGCAAAGAUGGUUAAAAAGAAUAAGGAAAGAAGAAAUAGGAGAAAAACCGAAUUAUGA